AUGAGACUCUUAACUUUGCUCUCGUUGGCGGCCUCGGUGCUGGCAGGAAGUCGCACGUCGGCUCCGUCUGGUUCCAUCGUGGUGGCCAAGUCUGGCGGUACCUACUCUACGAUCAAUCAAGCCAUCUCAGCGUUGAGCACCACUACCACCUCCACCCAGACCAUCUUCAUCAAGGCGGGUACCUAUGAUGAGCAGGUGUACAUUCCCAAACUCGCAGGUGAGCUGAUCAUCUAUGGACAAACAGCAGAUGACACUUCCUAUUCUUCCAACACGGUCACCAUCACUCAUGGGAUCAGCUUGGCGACGGCCAGCAACGAUGACAACACCGCAACACUCCGGAACUACGCUGCCAAGUCUCGCAUCUACAAUAUCAACGUGAAGAAUACAUAUGGUCAGGGUCAUCAGGCUCUUGCUCUCAGUGCCUACAAUACUGAACAAGGCUAUUAUGGCUGUCAAUUCAUUGGAUUCCAGGAUACCGUCCUCGCCGAAACCGGCUACCAAGUCUACGCCAAGUGUUACAUUGAAGGCGCAGUCGAUUUCAUCUUUGGCCAGACGGGCAACGCCUGGUUCCACGACUGUGAUAUCGGUCUCGUCACCUAUUCAACGGGGACUAUCACCGCACAAGGUCGUCCCUCCAGCUCCAGCUCGGGAUACUUUGUCAUCAACGGCGGCACUGUCAAAGCUGCCCCGGGUCAUACGGUGGCUGCAGGAAGCUAUGCGUUGGGUCGGCCCUGGACCGAGUAUGCUCGAGUGGUUUUCCAGAAGACGAAUCUGAGUGCGGCGAUCAAGUCGGCGGGAUGGGAUGUGUGGUCAUCUAGUUCGCCGAAUACGGCGGAUGUUUUGUUCGGUGAGUAUUCGAACACUGGGAGCGGUGCCUCGGGGACGCGGGCUUCGUUUGCCAAGAAGUUGUCUUCGGCGGUGUCGAUUAGUAGUAUCCUCGGGAGUGGAUAUACAAGCUGGGUGGAUACUAGUUAUCUUUCUUGA